AUGCGACGAGGGUGGUGGCUCGUCAGAUGGCUGGGGAUAGGAAUGGCAAUCCUCUCUUUGCUAACCCACAGCUGGGGCCAGGACACAGAAGACUGGCAGUAUGAGGAGUGUAAGCUGUCCCGGCCAGGCCCUCCUGCAACUAUUGUGACCAUUGACGAGGAGAGCCCCAACGGUACGGUUUUGGUGGAAAACAUGCAAAUAAAUGGCCGUGCCCAAGACCCAGGCAGAACCAUCUCACUGACGUUGCUGGACAACUAUGACUACUGGGUGAUACUGGAACCAGCACGACAGAGGCUCUACCUCAAUAGUACUGGGCGUGUUCUGGACAGAGAUCCUCCCAACUACAUCACCACCAUUGUGGUUCAGGUCCAGUGCACCAAUGAGCUGGUUGGUACUGUUAUUUUUCACGAGGUACGGAUUGUUGUGAGGGACAGGAAUGACAACACCCCUAGCUUUCAGCAGCCACGCUAUUAUGUUGCAGUAAAUGAGCUCACACCAGUUGGAACAACCAUAUUCACCGGUUUCUCAGGAAAUAAUGGCGCUACAGACAUUGAUGAUGGGCCAAAUGGACAUAUAGAAUACAGCAUUCUUUACAACCCCAAUGACCCGGCAUCUAACAGGACAGUGAGUGUUGCAAACACACUUUCAGGGCACAUUACUCUGGCAGAGAGGCUAAACUAUGAGGAGAGAACUCGCUACCUGGUCUUGGUACAAGCCAAUGACCGCGCUCCAUUCCCUCCCAACAGACGAACAGCUACCACGACUCUGACCGUGGACGUUCUGGACGGAGACGACCUGGGCCCCAUGUUUCUGCCUUGUGUUUUGGUUAACAACACCCACGACUGCAACCCCAUCACCUACCGCGUUGCAAUCCCUGAAUUCACUGAACCGAGCAAACUGAAUCCAUUGAAUGUGACCCCUCCAAUCCGGGCAGUGGACAUGGAUAGAAACAUACAACCCCCAUCAGACAGACCUGGCAUUUUAUACUACAUCCUUGUUGGUCAUCCGGUCACAUAUCCGGAGUAUUUCUCCCUGAACAGAACCACUGCAGAGCUGCGUGUUCUUCAACCCAUCAGCAGGGACGAUUAUCAGAGGUUCACACUCAUUGUCAAGGCUGAACAAGACAACGGUCAUCCUCUCCCAGCUUAUGCUGACCUCAUUAUUGAAAUACUGGAUGAGAACAACCAGGCACCCUAUUUCCAGUUUGCUACCUAUCAGGGCUACGUGAGUGAGUCCUCCCCAGUGGGAACGACUAUCUCAGCCAGUGCCAACCUCACUGCCCCCCUGGGAAUCAUCGCUCUGGAUAAUGACAUUGAGGAGACGAAAGACCCUAUGGUGAAGAUUACCCUGGGUGACUACACUACAAUCUUCACCCUGACCCCAACCGGGAUAAUCCGCUACCUGAGGCUCCUCAAACCUGUGGACCGGGAGAAGCAGAUGGCCUAUACUUUCACGAUGGUGGCUUCAGAUGGCGUCCAACAGAGUAGCCCAGUAACUGUCAACAUUUUGGUCAUUGAUGCCAAUGACAAUACGCCCACGUUCACAGAGGUCUCCUACAGCGUUGAAGUCUUCACAGACAUGCAGCCAGGGGAGACAGUACUACAGUUAACUGCAGCUGAUGCUGAUGAGGGACUGAAUGGUCUGGUGACCUAUGAGAUACUAGCUGGUGCUCAGGGACAUUUCGUUAUCAGUAAUCGCACAGGACGUAUCACUGUGGCACCUGGUGUCACUUUAACUGUGGGACGAUCUUACGCACUGACUGUCAAGGCCUCUGACAAUGCACCAGAGACUCAGAGAAGGAGCUCCAUCACUACUGUCUAUAUUGAGGUUUUGCCGCCCAACAAUCAGAGCCCCCCACGUUUCCCUCUCUUCACCUACAACCUGGAAGUCAGCGAGGCCAUGAGGAUAGGAGCUAUUCUGCUCAAUCUGCAGGCCACAGACCGAGAAAACGACCCAAUCACAUACACCAUCAUGAGUGGGGAUUCCCAGAAGGUCUUCAACCUCUCUGAAACGAUUGGCCUUCUUCUUCUGGGAAAUCCUCUGGAUAGAGAGACCACUGAUCAGUACCGUCUGAUUGUCACAGCCUCCGAUGGCAACCCUGGAGGGACCUCCACUGCCACUGUGAACAUAGUGGUGACUGAUGUCAACGAUAAUGACCCAGAGUUUAAUCUCACCAUGCCCACUAAUUUUACUGUCCAAGAAGAACAGGCCAAUCUGUUUGUGGGACAAGUCCUGGCCACAGAUCCAGAUGCAGGGGCUAAUGGCCAGGUGCAAUACCGGAUCGUGAAUCAUCCUGAUUUGUUUACAGUCAGUGCUAAUGGCAGCAUCUACACAAAAGUGCCACUUGACCGGGAGCUUAGGAGCCAAUAUGACUUGGUGGUAGAGGCUUCAGAUGGGGCAGUGGACCCACGACGGACCACCUUGACCCUCUCAGUUCACGUUAAGGAUAUAGAUGACAACAGCCCGGUCUUCUCCCAGGAAACUUAUGUGGUGAACGUACCCGAGAACAGCCCUGUUGGAACUGUGGUUUUGAAGCUAAGUGCGGUGGACUCGGACCUCUUCUCCAAUGUCACAUAUCGGAUCAAGACUGAAUCGGCCAGGCAGCUGUUUUCCUUGAACCCUGUCACGGGAGAGUUAGCUGUGCUGCAGACCCUGGACUUUGAGGAUCUGGCAGCUAUGAGUAUGGGGGCCUCUUACACUUUCCAGGUGGAAGCUGUCGACCAAAGAGGGGUCAUGCCCCCAGGGCAAGCUACCGUCACAGUCCGCAUCACGGACAUGAAUGACUUCUCUCCCAUCUUUAGCCACGAUCUGUAUAAGGGCAUGGUGGCACCCAAUGCAGAGAAAGGAACAGUCAUCACAACAGUGUUUGCCGACGACCAAGACCCACCAGGUACUCCAGCCAGUUUUGUCCGCUACAGAGUAGACCUGGAGAAGUCUCCGUACAGUGGGAGCAUCUUUGAUGUGGAAGCACAAACUGGAAGGGUCAUCACUAAAGUCAACCUGAAUGAGGAACCAAGUGUUACUUUUAAGCUGUUUGUUAUAGCCUAUGAUGAUGGGGAGCCAGUGAAGUCUAACAGUACUUUGGUGGAGAUCACUGUCCUUCAGCCGUCCCGCAUACCCAUCUUCACGCAGGAAGAGUACAAGUUUCCCCCUGUCAGUGAGCUGGCUCCAUUUGGCACACCAGUGGGGACUAUUCUAGCUGCUGCUAUCAAUCAAACCAUCUUCUACUCCAUCGUGGGAGGAAAUGAACUAGGUCAUUUUCAGGUGAACAACAGAACAGGCGUCAUCUUCACAGCUAAACCUUUGGAUUAUGAAAAUGUGACCAGCUAUGUCCUCAGGGUCCAGGCAGACUCUAUGGUGGUUGUCAUGUCCAACCUGCGCGUGCCUUCUAAAACUAACACAGCCAAGGUGUUCAUUGAGGUGCAUGAUGAGAAUGACCACCCUCCAGUCUUCUCCAGGAAGCUCUACAUAGGUGGAGUGACAGAGGACUCCAAGAUCUUCAGCUCUGUACUCAAGAUAGUGGCCACUGACAAGGACACUGGGAAUUACAGCGCAAUGGCAUACCGCCUCAUUAUCCCGCCCACAGCAGAGGGCCAGGACAGCUUUGUCAUCGAGACGUACACCGGUAUCGUCAAGUCAGCCAUCAUGUUUCGAAACAUGCGCAGGUCUUACUUCAAGUUUCAAGUUAUCGCCACAGAUGAUUAUGGAAAAGGUCUGAGCAGCAGUGCUGAAGUGGUGGUUUCUGUGGUCAAUGCAUUGGACAUGCAAGUUGUUGUGUCUACUGUCCCGCCUACUUUAGUUGAAGAGAAAAGGGAGGAGCUCAUUAGAAUUCUGGAGAAACAUGUCCAGGACCAGAUUCCAGGGGCCAAGGUAAUUGUAGAGGCCAUCGGGCCACGUCGCCAUGGCGAUGGCUAUGAGCUAGAGGACUACAGUAAGACGGACCUGAUGGUGUACGCCAUCGACCCGCUCACGAACAGAGCCAUUUCACGCCAGGAGCUCUUCAAAUUUCUCGAUGGGAAUGUCCUGGAAAUCAACAAAGAGUUUCAGCCGCACCUUGGCGAGGGUGGCCGCAUUCUCGAGAUCCGCUCGCCAGACAUCGUGGCCAGCGUAAAGAAGGCCGCCCAGGCUGUGGGCUACACAGAGGGAGCUCUCCUUGCCCUGGCCAUCAUCAUCAUCCUCUGCUGCAUACCUGCCAUCCUCAUUGUCAUGGUCACCUACAAACAGUUCAAAGAGCGACAGGCAGAGUGUGCCAAAACUGCCAGGAUUCAGAUGGCUUUACCACCCGGAGGAAAAGCAGCUCCGGCCAGUGCUCCUGGUGCUAACCUCUAUGAAGAGCUCGGUGACAGCAGCAUCAGACGCGGCGGCUAUGGGAGACAGCAACAGCAACUGCUGAGGCCAUCUCUUCUGAGACCUGAGGAACUCUCCAUGGAGUCAGGUAUUGACCCAGGCCAGGACUACUACACACAGGACUACUAUAAUUACGACCAAGGGUAUGACCUUCCUCAGUACGGCAGCCGGAGGAGGUUGAUAUCUCCUAUGUAUGAUGAAUAUGGAGAAGUGAUUAUGGAGGAUGAUGGUUAUUACUACAGUCCACAUGGCCCUGAGGGCCGAGGGAGAGGCAGAGGCAGAGGCCGUGGUGGUGCACGGGGUAAAGGGCCACCCAAGAGGGUUGCAUUUAGGGACAUGCCGCCAGGGGAUGAAAUCGAACAAGCUGAGCUAGCAGAGGAGGGUGAGCCUUCCAAGGCUGCCAAGAAGCUGAAAUCUGUCAUGAAACUCAGCAAACUUCUGGCGGCAAGCAAGGGAGGAGAACAGCCAUCUGAUGCUGGUCCCUCUGGCUCAUCUCCAUGGAAGAGAGCCAAGAUGUUCAAGAUGUUUGGCGCUGGGAAGGACAAAGAUUAUGCCAAACUUAUGUCAGCCCGCCGGAUCGACAGCCAGGAGAGUCUGACUGACGGACCAGCAGCUAUGGGACCAAUCGACAGAAAGUCUGAUACCCGCAGCCGACUUGGUAAAGUUUUGAAGAAAAUCAACUUGGGUAACAAGUUGCAAGUCCGGAGGAAAUCACAAAGUAGUGUGAGUCGCAGCUCAGCCACAGGCAGCGAGAGGGAUGAGGAGGCCUCACAAGUAGCCAGUGAGGAUGAAAAUAAAUCUAAAGUGUCUAUUAGUGUGACAGAAAGUGAGCCAGAAGCAGGUACAAGUGGAAGCAGUAAGGAGAGAGGCUCUGAUGAUGACGCCUCAGAGAAAAGCAGUGUUGACAGAGAUUAUCUGAAAGUAGAUUUAGACAGGGAUGAUGCAAACGAAAGCACUGUGGACUCAGAGGAAGAGCCUGACGAAGAGCUGGGGGAUUCUGACGAAGAAAGCAAGUCCAAAUCUGAAGGAGAAACUGAGAAGGAAUCCGUCAGUGAGAAAGAAUCUGGCACUGAAAAAGAAUCAGAGUCAGACAAAGAGUCUGAGUCAGAGAAGUCGUCAGGUACAGAGAAAGAGUCUGAAACGGAGAAAGAGUCAGAAACAGAGAAAGAGUCAGAAUCUGAGAAAGAAACUGAAUCAGGAACUGGCACGGCAACAGAGAAAGAAACAACCACAGAAAAGAGUUCAGGAACAGAAAGAGAUUCUGAUGAAGAGUCUGAGGAGGAAGAGGCCUCAAGGAGCACUAGAGAAAGUGGGUCUUCUGCCCACUCUUCCAUGAGAUCAUCAGCUACUGAGGCCAGCAAGGUAAGCAGUGGAAGUGGUAGUGGCAAUGGCAGUGGAAGUGGGAGUAGGAAAGGUAGCAGAAGAAGUGAAAGUGCAAGUGAGAGUGAGAGUGGCAGUGGCAGCGGCACCGCUAGCAGUGCUGCUUCUUUAUCUGUCUCAAGGUCAUCGCAGAAAACCCCAUCAUCAGGAAGUGCAGUGACCUCUGAGAAAUCCAGUGAAGAACUCAGUGAUGCUGAAUCAGGGACAGGAACAGGCAGUGAGGCUGAGUUAGGAUCAGGCAGUGAGGCCCAGUCAGGAAGUGAAGGUUCUUUGUCUCGCGGGUCCAGCCAGAGAACAAUAUCUGGGUCAGAGAGCAUUGGAAGCAGUCAAAUGACGGACCAGAGUUCCCUGGCCAGCGAAGAGAGUUCAGCUGGUUCCCAGUCCCCUAGUGGCACCCGGCAUUCCCCAAAGUCCAUCCUGAGCCACAGGUCUGCGGACACAAUCACAGAGGAAAGUGAAGAAGAAGACGAUGAGGAAGAAUCUAAGACUGCAGAUGAAAGCAAAGAGUCGGCCGGUGAUCUCAGUGAUGAAGCAGCAUCUAGUAGGUCCAGUGUGGCGUCUGGAGGCCCCGGGCCAUCUACCCCCUACACUGGUCUACCAUACAGCUCUGAUAUCAGAAGCUUCAGCGAUACCUCUGAAGAGACAUACGGAGGACUGUCCCCUAUCACUGAAGUAGACGAAGAUGCCCUCUCCUCUGACAAAUCUUCAGCCAGUGCAUUCAGGGACUUGGGAGGAACGACAUCAGAUGCUGAUUCAGAGGAGGAGGGAAGAUCAACUGCCUUCUAGAGAGAUAUAUUGUCACUGUGAACCUGGGAGAAAAAAGCGAAUUAAGUUGGUGAUAGAUCGGGA